UAAAUGAUCAAUGUGUUCUCUGUGUUUGUGACCAUGCCCGAGUACACGUGCCCCCGCCUGGUUCAUGCCUCACCUCGUUUAAAUGAACGAGGCCCCGCCCCCUGACGCUGCUCUGGCUCGUUUUAUUCAAACAUGCUAACAUGCUCGCUCCUAUUUUUGUUUUUUACAAUCUCUAAAAUGUUUUUUAAAUCGAAUAAUUUAAUAAAAUCUUUUUUUAUAAAGGCCUGUUCUGAAAUAAAAACAAACGUAGCACGCUCGCGCUGCUCUCCAAACAGGAUCUCCUCGAGCUGUUUUUCCUCUCAGCCAAUCAGCGGACAGUAGAGCGGCACUAAGCCCCGCCCUCUGUUCUCUGUACCGAGGUGCUGCUGGAACAUUGUGUUAUGAAGGUGAACUAGUUCCUACAGCUGUGUAGCCUGUAGCUCCUCUUCAUCACUUCUUUCUGAUUAUUCGCUUUAAAAACAUUCAACCCGAGGACAGACUGGCGUUACAGCUCCAAGUCAGCACGCAGGGAGACGUCAGGACAGAAAGUAGUUUGAGUUUAAGUAAUGAAAGAUAAACACCUCCUGCCUUCAUGCUUACUUUCAACAAAGAAGAAGUUAUGGAUAUUCGCGACGGGAAGAAGAGGAGAAAGGUAAGCGGAGACUGCGGAGUAGGAGGCGGUGGUUUCGGUGUCGGUCUGCGGGGCUGCAGGCGGAGUGUGGCCGCGAAGAUGAAGCGGGAUGUCGGCAAAGUGCUCCGCUCCCGCACGCUGGAGGACAACAACCACACGGAGCCCAUGGAGGCAGAGGAAGAGGAGGACGACGACUGCUUCUCCAUCAGCUUCCACCGGGGGAGCGAGCGCCUGGAGCCCGCCGCAGUGGUCGCUCCUCGGUACAGCCUGCUCCGGGAGGUCGGUCGGGGUAGCUACGGGGUAGUGUACGAGGCCAUAGCCCGCAAAACAGGGGCCCGGGUGGCGGUGAAGAGGCUCCAGUGCGACGCCCCUGAAAAUGUAGAGCUGGCUCUGGCCGAGUUCUGGGCCCUGACGAGCCUGGAGAACCGACACCAGAAUGUGGUUCAACUGGAGGAGUGCGUCCUGCAGAGGAAAGGGAUGGCCCAGAAGAUGAGCCACGGGAACAUGAGGUCCAAACAGUACCUGAGACUGGUGGAGACCUCACUGAAAGGGGAGCGCAUCCUGGGUCACCCCGAGGAGCCAUGCUAUCUCUGGUUCGUCAUGGAGUUCUGUGAGGGUGGGGACCUCAACCAGUACAUCUUGUCCCGCCGGCCCGACCCCCACACCAACAGGAGCUUUAUGCGCCAGCUAACGAGCGCUGUAGCUUUCCUCCACAAAAAUAACAUUGUGCACCGCGAUCUGAAACCAGACAACAUCCUCAUCUCACAGAAAUCUGGCACACCGGUCCUCAAAGUGGCCGACUUCGGCCUCAGUAAAGUUUGUGCUGGCAUGAACUCAAAGAACAUGGAAGACGUGCCAGCAGCAGCAGCAGGCGGUAAAUGCAGCAAUCAGAACAACAUCGUCAACAUAAACAAGUUCUGGUUGUCGUCGGCUUGUGGCUCGGACUUUUACAUGGCCCCCGAGGUGUGGGAGGGCCACUACACAGCCAAAGCAGACAUCUUCGCCCUGGGCAUCAUCAUCUGGGCGAUGGUUGAGCGCAUCACUUUCAUCGACGCAGAGUCCAAGCGUGAACUGCUGGGCACCUACAUCCGUCAGGGCACAGAGAUUGUACCUGUCGGGGAGGCUCUGCUGGAGAACCCAAAGAUGGUUCUGCACAUCCCGCAGAAGGCCAGGAGCUCCAUGUCGGAGGGGGUGAAGAAGCUCCUCCAGGACAUGCUCGCAGUCAACCCUCAGGACCGGCCAGACGCCUUCCAGCUGGAGGUGCGGAUGGACCAAGUCACGUGUGCAGCGUGACAACCUUCCCCCAAACGUCACCCCUUUUAACCCAACCAGUCAAAGAAGGGAUCCCUCUCUCCCCAGCUUUGUUUACGUUGGGACAUGGUCUCGACGAUGGACAAAAAAAGGGACACGGACAAAUUGAACUGUGAAGAAUCCACAAUCAUAAUCUGAGCGGGAUGCCACGAUGAUUCCAAAACUCUGAGACAAAAACUGUAUGCAAAGUCAAACUACAGUGUACUUCCAGCACCUUCCAGUUACAAUCACUGUCACCCACAUGUGUCAGGUGUCCCCGAGAGCUGACUGGAUGUGAAACCAGGUUAAAGACGGAUGUUGUUUUUAUAUUUGAUGAUUUUUUGUUCCAGACAUCCCCAGCACAGGCCUGCUCUUCUCCAAUAUUUGAAAUUAACGCCUCAGUGGCACAGAUAAUCUGACUGUAACGUGGAUAUGUUACAUUUCUCACUGAUUGUUAGAGAAUCCACAGGUUCUUUCCCCACAUGCUCCCCGUUCAACCAUGUGCCUUAGAGAUGACUCACAGAAGUGCGAUUGGAUCUUUGAAAAUACAAAAAAGCGGGAAAGAAACUUCAUCCAUGAGACUAAAACCGUGUUUGACUCGUUCAUUCCUGCCAGCAAAUUUUUCAUCCCACCAAUGAGAGCUCUUGCUUUCAAGAUUACAGAAAACCUGCGUGGAUGUAAAGUAAGAAUGUAGAAACUUCUUUCCUCCUUGAAAAUUGAGCUUAAAUAGAAGACUGGUCGCUCAUGUAAGGGUGGUUAAGAUGUUUCAUGAAAUUGUGCCACCCUCUGGAGGCAGAAACAAAACAAAUGUGAACAUUUAAAGGUGAAAAAGGAUGGAACACCUUUAAGAAGUAGCAGGCCUGUUUCAACUCCAUGCAAUACUGUGUUUUUUGUAACCAAACGUCGUCCAGCAGGGAAUUCAAACCGGUUUCAUUGGCCCCGAUCUCAAUCCAAAGAGCACCUGCUGGACUUAUUAUCUUAUCUGUUUUUUAUCAUCACUGCAUCAGUUGGUGGGUUUUUGGUAACUUUGUACUGAAUGUUUUUUAUAUAUAUCGAGGAUGUUGAGUGGCGUUUAAGGAAUUCUUACAGACUCAUGUAAUGUUUGAAAACAAGAUAUCGGGUCAGUGGUUAACAUGCAAAUGUGUCAUAAAGAGAUAUUGAGCAGUGGUUUUUAACACCUCAGCAGUAUUGAGCCCUCUGCGGCUGAAUCUUUCAUGAUUUUUUUUUUGGGACUCUCUCAGUAGAUUUGAAGGUUUGUCAUCUGGAAACAAUCCCCCAAAUCCAUCAUGACGGCCCCUUCCUUCCUUCAUUCCUUCAGUUCUUUAUUGAAGUGCUUCGAGCACUUUGCAGUGGCACGUAAUGCUGUGUACAACAGACUCAGGCAGGGCAAGGUUGUAGCCUUACACUGACUGUCUGCUCUAGUUCAUGCUCUGAUCACAGACUAUGUGAGACGUGGAUGUACGUUUUUAGGGUGUUUAAGCUUCCAGUUUGCAGCUGAGCUGACUCCAUCUUGGUUUUUGGAGCCACAUGAGACUUUAUUAAGACGACAGUUAGUCUGGACAAGAGCAUUGUUAGCAAAUGCUGAAUUAUCAGACUUAUUUUUCAUUUCCUACAAAAAGGGACCAUAGUUUUAAACAUCAUCAUACAGACUUUUCUUCACCCUUCAAGCCAAUAUGAUACGUCCACUUCUUAUACAGUCUGUGUUCUGUUCAUGAAAACUGAUCACUACGUGUUGGCUGAUCUACAGGUGAGACAGUACUUGAAAAAACUCUUAUCUCCAGGAAAAUAGAGAGAACAAAAUGCUAACGUUCAAAUCUACAGAAUGCUUAAACUUAGAUUAAACAGAGAGUAACUUCAGCGUACAGGGGAAAGCUUAUAAAAGGGAUUCAGUGGAAUAGUAUGUAUUUUUCAGACUCUCUAACACAGAUCUUCUUAACACUGCGUGGUUUUCUGGUUCAGUGACUCCACAGUAGUAUUCGUAGACUUUGAGGCAUUUUGUCGUGUGGUCCUACCUCAUUCUCAGCACUCUGAAAUAUCUACCUAAACAGUCUCAUUUAGCCGAGUUUUACUUUCUGAUUUGUUUUACCUCAGACUCUUGAUCUUGAAAUAACCUCUGACUAAUUUCUUUGUGUGGUAUUUUUCUUUGCUAAGCUCGUGUUGGUUGCAUUCAACAUUUACAGCUCCCCAAAGUGUCCUGGAAAAAUGUGUUUUGCGUUUCUUUUGUGUCUUGAUGCAGUUUGUUUGUCCUGACUCCGUAGGAAGACGGUUUUAGAUGCUAUUCGAUGAGUCUGCAUUACUACGAGAUAUAAUAAUGCGUUCACAAAAUCUCCACGUUUGUUUUUCUUCAUCCUGUUACGUUAUGCAUGCUUGUUGCUAAAUUACCAAAUAUUUCGUGCUGCAUUUUCACAUCAGCUCAACCUGACUUUCUUUGGAAACUUGCAGGAAAAUGUUGGAGUAAAGUUAAGCGGAAAAAUUGGGCUGUUUACAUAUAGACACGCAGCUCACCCUUAAUAUUUAGAAAAUGUUUUAGGAGUGUCUUGCGUGUAAACUUAAAGCUUAUCAGGAUCACAAAACCAACUGCGUCGACGCAAGAAGCUCCUAAGGCAUCCAAAAUAAAUGUGGAGGAAACUAGAUUUGGAUUUGGCUGUGACUUUUAUUUUAAAGGAUUUCCUUUUGAAUUAGCGCCAGACAGAUAUACAUGGUUCACCACUAUAAUAGGGCAGAUAUUUGCAUAUUUUAUUUGCAUAUUACUUUUCCCAAAAGUGGCGAAAUUAACCUUUAUUUCCAGAGUAUUGAAUGCUGGACAAAAUGCCCUGAGUAGAUUUCGAAUUGGACCAUUACUCGUCAUCUUUCUGCAUCGCAACUGAACUGAGAGUCUGUGCUUGAAUUUAUUGACACUGUUUAUUAUUAUUUAUUAAUCUACGUAACGUUUUUAUUGAAUCAUACUGUUACAAAUCUACAUUUUACUGCAAGCUCUAAAAUCUGCAUCCAAGGCAGACACCUUUGUUAAUGUUAACACUGUCUGCAGCACAAGUUAAAAAAUAUUGCGCAUCAGUAAUCCCUGACUUUCCCCACCUUUAAAAUCGACAUCAGAAUCAGAAAAAAAAAACCCGUUUCAGAUCUUUGAUAAAAUUAUGCAGCAUAUCCUGAAAGUGAGGUUUAUGAAUAACGAUAACCGUACGAUUAAAAUGUGUUUUUGCAUCGAUUUCUGACACUUGUGGGAGCUGUAGUUGUUGAACGCUCACACAGCUGUUGCUCAAACAUGAAGGUUUUCAGCUUUGGGAUGAAAGUUUUAAUUUUUCAGUAAGGAUUAGUGUAAAUCUGUGAUUUACUCUUUGGGAUGUAGAGUACGGAACCUGCACAGCAGCGUCCAGUAAUACUCCUGUUUCAUGAAGUGUUAAACUUAGCAUGGUUAAAGACUGUAAAUGGCAUUGCUGUGGUUGAUAGUGCAUAUGCUAACUGAGGAUCUUUAUACUAAACCUUGUUCUCCACUAACCUGCUGUCACUGUAUCCGUCUGUUUCAUUUCUCUCUCCUCUUCAGACUAGUUAUAAAUCCACUUGAAAUCACUUUACACUAUGCAAAAUGUGUCACUGCCUCACUGUAAACACCGUACAGAGCCACACCGUUCUCAAACAAACUGUGUAUAAUAUCUUUGUUCUUUUUAGUGCAUAUUUCCAGUGUGUUCAUAAAUAAUGUUCAAGAUGUUGUGUAAAAUAAUGAAGCUGACAGGAGCCAUUAGAUGUUUGACAAAGCAUCGUCUUUUUUGCUGUAAAUAUGUUUGACAAUUUUUCUUGGAAUAAAUGAUAAAAAAUA